CCAUCCGAACGCGAAUGCGGUGGUAAAUUCUACAAGGAGAAAUCCUACUGACCUACCCUGCCGGGGUAUUGUAAAAACACUCUACUCUUAAGAGAGAUAGAACUAGAAGCAUACUUGAUUAGCUGUUUCGAUAACAAAUACAGGAUUAUGACACAAAGCGUACACAAAGGGCAGAUGAUGGGUAGAUGUCAUUGCUGAGUUUCUGUGGGGAUCGGCUGUGAAUUUCUGUAAUUAGAAGAGACCAGACUCCUGAGUGACAAGCCUGCGCCUCUUUUCUUGUGGCACACCGUUGCCACCUCCGGUUCUCUGUGGGCGGACUGAAGGAACAGAGAACCCCCCUCCGCACGCUACAGACACCUGCCCGGCCUCACCCCGCCUCCCCCAGAGGGAGAGAGAAGCCUCAACAGCCAUCAUGGUUCUCUCUCAGAGACAACGAGAUGAACUAAACCGAGCGAUAGCAGACUACCUCCGCUCCAACGGGUACGAGGAGGCGUACUCCACUUUCAAGAAGGAGGCAGAGUUAGAUGUGAAUGAAGAAGGAGACAAGAAGUACGCCGGACUUCUGGAAAAGAAAUGGACCUCAGUCAUCAGAUUACAGAAGAAGGUGAUGGAGCUGGAGUCGAAGCUGAACGAGGCCAAGGAGGAGAUGACUCACGGGGGUCCGGUGGCCCAGAAGAGGGAUCCCAAGGAGUGGAUCCCCCGCCCCCCGGAGAGAUACGCCCUAAGCGGCCAUCGCUCGCCUGUCACGCGGGUCAUCUUCCACCCAGUCUUCUCUGUCAUGGUCACGGCCUCUGAAGACGCCACCAUCAAGGUGUGGGACUAUGAGGCUGGGGACUUUGAGCGCACCCUGAAGGGCCACACAGACUCUGUGCAGGACAUCUCCUUCGACCAGACAGGCAAGCUGCUGGCCUCCUGCUCCGCAGACAUGACCAUCAAGCUGUGGGACUUCCAAGGCUUCGAGUGCGUCCGCACCAUGCAUGGUCACGACCACAAUGUGUCGUCUGUAGCCAUCAUGCCCAACGGGGACCACAUAGUCUCCGCCUCCCGAGACAAGACCAUCAAGAUGUGGGAGGUGGCCACUGGGUAUUGCGUGAAGACGUUUACGGGCCACAGAGAGUGGGUGCGCAUGGUUAGGCCCAACCAGGACGGUUCUCUGAUCGCCAGCUGCUCCAACGACCAGACGGUGCGUGUGUGGGUGACGGCCUCCAAGGAGUGCAAGGCGGAGCUGCGGGAGCACGAGCACGUGGUGGAGUGCAUCGCCUGGGCCCCCGACAGCGCCCACCCCACCAUCCUGGAGGCCACUGGCUCCGAGAGUAAGAAGAGUGGGAAGCCUGGCCCAUUCCUGCUGUCUGGCUCCAGGGAUAAAACCAUUAAGAUGUGGGACAUCAGCACUGGCAUGUGCCUUAUGACUCUGGUGGGCCAUGAUAACUGGGUACGUGGUGUGGUGGUCCACCCAGGAGGCAGGUUCAUAGUGAGCUGUGCUGACGACAAGACCCUGAGGAUCUGGGACUACAAGAACAGACGCUGCAUGAAGACCCUGUGUGCCCACGAACACUUUGUUACCUCUCUGGAUUUCCACCGGUCUGCUCCCUAUGUGGUGACGGGCAGCGUUGAUCAGACAGUUAAAGUCUGGGAGUGUCGCUGAGCCAGCAUGCGACCCUUUAGCAGCCCUACUACCCCUUCCCAACCACCCCUUUCCCCCUCUGCCCGCCGCCCCCUCCCCCCCCCCUUCCCGACACACCCACCCAAGCCCCACGUCACGCACUUGAUACCAUGAUUAAACUGGCUCUGUCCCUCCUACCUUGUCAAGCCCUGUUAAGAUAACUAUUGUCCUUUUAUGUAAAUUAUUCUGGAUGUAGAGUACGCUUAAUAAAUGUUACACACUCACAUAUACACACACACUCAAGAAAAUAAGUAUUCCUUGCAUGAUGAAUCCAAAAGAAAAAGAAAAAAAAAACACUUGUAUACUGUUCAAUUUGCCUAAUUUGCAUACUGUUGUCAUGGCGUUCCAUGGGGGGUCAAAGGGUACAUUUUCCUGGCACAGAUGAAUGCUGGGUAACUUAACACGGUGCACGGAAAUGGAUCACUUCCCUGGCUUUAGGGUUUAGUUUGGCUUUAUUGGAUUUGUUUCCUCACCUCCAAUGUUGUGGUCUGUUGCCACCUGUAACGAAGAGAGAGAGAUGGUAAAGGACAGCUCUGAUGCGUGUGAAGUGGGCAGAGGAAGCCUAAUGAACGAGGGCAAAAAUGAUUGGAGAUGCCGAUGUAUUCCAGUAGUGAUAAAAGGAUGAGAAAGGCUGUGAAAUUGGUGGGCAUGACCAUGAGUGUGUUGUUUUUGUUUGUUUGUUUGUUUGUCUGUAUAUAAUGACAGGAGAAGCUCUCCACCUCAUUCCCCUGCGACUGGUGGUGUAAGGGAGGGGAGGCAGGGGAGAGGGGAGGGCUUAGAUGCAAAGCUUCUUUCCCCACAUUGUUCAUACUCUUCGUCUUUCAUGACUUUAGUCCAUACUCACAGGACCUUAAAGAUCCCUAUGCUGCAGAGAGCACACACACAUAUGAACAGACUAGUCUCUCUUUACACACACACACCAACACACACUGGUGUACGUGUGCAAUGCCCCUGAGAACCCAGUGCCCUCUCGCUCGCUAUCUCUGCCUUGUUAACCCACCGAAGGCUCCCUGUGCUCUGGGACGUCAAUCUGCUUUCUGUGGUCUCACUGCUCUCUGAAAACACACGCAGAUGCACAUACAUACGCACAGUAAAAUUGUGUAUCAAUAUAUCUGGAUGUCAUUGUUUGCAACAUAAUAAAAAAAAUCUGUACAUAUAUAA